CCGAGGGAGGCUCCUGGUCCCGAGAGCCGCGCGGCGAGCCGCUGCCGGGAGCCGAGGCGAGCGGGGCGAGCUCGGAGUCCGCGCCAUGGAUGCAGUAUCCUAUGAGGAUGUACAUGUGAACUUCUCUCAGGAAGAAUGGGCUUUGCUGGAUCCUUCCCAGAAGAGUCUCUACAAAGAUGUGAUGCUGGAGACUUACUGGAACCUCACUGCUAUAAGCCACAAAUUGGAAGACUACAAUAUUGAAGAACACUGUCAGAGUUCUAGAAGACAUGAAAGGUUUAACAGUCAUUCCGGAUACAAGCCUUGUGAGGAUAAAGAGUAUGGAAAGAAGCAAAGUACCUUUGUAUGUAAAAGUUCUUUUCAGAUAUAUAAAAGAAUCCACACUGAAGAAAAACCCUAUGAAUGUAAUCAUUGUGGUAAAGCCUUUGCAAAUUUCCGUAGUCUUCGAAAACAUGAAAAUAAUCAUACUAGAGAAAAACCCUAUGAAUGUAAUCAAUGUGGUAAAGCCUUUCCAAGUUACAGUAAUCUUCAAAUACACACAAGAACUCACACAGGAGAGAAACCCUACCACUGCAGUGAAUGUGGUAAAGCCUUUGCACGUCACAGUAAUCUUGAUAUACACAAAAGAACUCAUACGGGAGAGAAACCCUAUGAUUGCAAUGAAUGUGGUAAAGCCUUUGCAUAUCUCAGUAAUCUUAAAACACAUGAGAGAAAACAUACUGGGGAGAAACCCUUUGAGUGUGCUCAGUGUGGUAAUGCCUAUGCAAGUCGUAGUAGUCUUCAAAAUCAUGAGAAAAAUCAUACUGGAGAAAAACUCUAUGGAUGUAAUCACUGUGAUAAAGCCUUUGUACAUCGCAGUAGUCUUGAAAUACAUGAAAGAACUCACACUGGAGAGAAACCUUUUGGAUGUAAUCAAUGUGAUAAAGCCUUUUCACGUCGCAAUCUUCUUCAAAUCCAUGAAAGAAGUCAUAGUGGAGAGAAACCUUAUGAAUGUAGUCAGUGUGGUAAAGCGUUUGCGAGUAGUAGUAGUCUUCGAAAUCAUGAAAAACAUCAUACUGGGGAGAAACCCUAUGGAUGUAAUCAAUGCAGUAAAGCCUUUGAAUUAAAAUGUGAUCUUCAAAUACAUCAACGAAUUCAUACUGGAGAGAAACCCUAUGCAUGUAAUCAAUGUGGUAAAGCCUUUGCACGUCGUCGUUAUCUUCGAAAUCAUGAAAAACAUCAUUCUCUUGAGAAACUCUAUGAGUGUAGUCAAUGUGGUAAAGCCUUUGCAAUUCACAGUCAUCUUCAAAAACACAAAAUAACUCACACUGGAGAGAAACCAUAUGAAUGUACUCACUGUGGUAAAGCCUUUGCAUAUUGCAGUAAUCUUUAUAGACAUGAAAAAAUUCACAGUAAAGAAAAACUGUAUUAAUGUACUCACUGUGGUAAAGCCUUUGUAUAUUACACUAGUCUUCAUAAUCAAAAAUAAUGUACUGUUGAAAACCCUAUGUAUGUAAUUGAUACAGUAAAAUUUUGGCAUGGAAUUGUAAUAGUCAAACACAUCAAGAACUCGUAUGAGUGAAAAACCCUAUGAAUGUAAUCAAUAUGAUGAUGCCUCUGCAUGUUACAGUAUUCAAAGGCAGGAAAGAAUUUCUACUGGAGAGAAACACCAUAAAUCUAAUAAACUCAGUAAGGCCUUGCAUUCUAAGCACAUUUCUUUUCACUGAGCCAUCUCACUGUUGCUCAUGUAAGAUCAUUAGAACCAUUUCUUUAUUAAAAUAUUGUUUUCAAAUUGUAUGCAAAUUGUCAUCUUAAGGAUAGAGGGACAGAAUAAUUUGUGUAGUAAAACCUAUUUGCAAAUGAAAAUUAUACUGCCAUCUGUUUUUAUGAGUUAUGUUAGUUUAUUCUGAGGAAUAAAUACUUGUUCUGAAUACU